UCUUAAUUAUGAAAUACACAGACAAUUAAGAAGAAGUUACUCUUGAUUAACUUAAAGAGUAUCUUAAGGAAUCAGGAAAUUACAAUGAAGAAACAUUCUCUCAAAAUGUAGAUAUUUUUCAAUAAUUAAUUGAUGAUCUUAUCUAAAAUGAUUCAGAGUAAACCUAUGAAUAAUAUGUAAUUAAUUUAAUAUACUCAUUUAGGGAAUAUCACCUUAAGAAUUGCAUUAAACUUGGUUAACUGAAAAAGAUAGAGUUUUAUCAUAUUAUAUCAAAAAGAGAACAUAAGGUUAAAAAGUAAUUCUCUUUUCUAUUUUUAUCUUAGAUUGAGAAAUUUUAAUGGUCAGUUAAUAAUUAAUUUUAUUCUAAGAAAGCUAAAAAUAUUAAUAAACCUGUUUGCAUAAUGAAUCUAAAGGUAUUAAUUAUAAAAUGUUAUAUAUAGUCUAAAGAUGUUGUUAGUAAAACACAUAAAUUUCAUACAUUUGAGAUUAAUGAAGAGGAUUUGAAUUAUAUUGAAGAUUAAAUGAAAAAAAUAGAGUAAACUAUAAAUGCUUUGCUUUUGUGA